CACAAAGCAAGCCACAAGCUCCACCUACCCAUGCCACCAAAAACCUCUAUAAAAACUUCACAACCCACCCAAUCACUUCCAAGACAAAAAAUCACCAUUUCACCAACCAACUUCCCUAAAAUUCACCACCACCACAACCACUACCUCACAAUGGAUCUCCUCCUCAUGGAGAAGACCCUCCUAGGUCUCUUCAUCGCCGCUGUCGUCGCCAUCGCCGUCUCAAAACUCCGCGGCAAGCGUUUCAAGCUCCCUCCUGGCCCCACCGCCGUCCCCAUCUUCGGCAACUGGCUCCAAGUCGGCGAUGACCUCAACCACCGCAACCUCACCGACAUGGCAAAACGCUUCGGCGACAUCUUCCUCCUCCGCAUGGGGCAGCGCAACCUCGUCGUUGUCUCAUCCCCUGAACUCGCCAAGGAAGUCCUCCACACACAGGGUGUCGAAUUCGGGUCCAGAACGCGUAACGUCGUCUUCGACAUCUUCACCGGAAAAGGACAAGACAUGGUGUUCACCGUCUACGGCGAGCACUGGCGGAAGAUGCGGCGGAUCAUGACGGUGCCGUUCUUCACAAACAAAGUCGUCCAGCAAUACCGGUCAGGCUGGGAGGCAGAGGCGGCGAGCGUGGUCGAGGAUGUUAAACGCAGCCCAGAAGCCGCCACCGGAGGGAUUGUUCUCCGGCGCCGGCUGCAACUCAUGAUGUACAACAACAUGUACAGGAUCAUGUUUGAUCGGAGAUUCGAAAGCGAAGAGGAUCCUCUGUUUCAGAAGCUGAAAGCGCUUAACGGAGAAAGAAGCAGAUUGGCACAGAGCUUUGAGUACAACUAUGGUGAUUUCAUUCCAAUUUUGAGACCCUUUUUGAAUGGUUACUUGAAGGUUUGUAAGGAGGUGAAGGAUCGAAGGUUGCAGCUUUUCAAAGACUAUUUCGUUGAUGAGAGGAAGAAGCUUGGAAGCACCAAGAUUAGCAGCAACCAAGGACUUAGCUGCGCAAUUGAUCACAUUUUGGAUGCACAAAACAAGGGUGAGAUCAACGAAGACAAUGUUCUUUACAUUGUUGAGAACAUCAAUGUUGCUGCAAUUGAAACAACUCUAUGGUCAAUUGAGUGGGGAAUUGCUGAGCUUGUGAACCACCCAGAAAUCCAGCAGAAGGUGAGAGAUGAGAUUGAGAAAGUUCUUGGACCAGGGCACCAAGUGACUGAGCCAGACAUCCAGAAACUCCCAUACCUACAAGCAGUGGUCAAGGAGACACUCCGUCUCCGGAUGGCGAUCCCACUCCUUGUACCACACAUGAACUUGCAUGAUGCAAAGCUUGCCGGGUACGACAUCCCAGCCGAGAGCAAGAUACUGGUGAAUGCUUGGUGGCUCGCCAACAACCCUGCAACUUGGAAGAAACCAGAGGAGUUCCGGCCCGAGAGGUUCUUCGAGGAAGAGGCUCAUGUUGAGGCCAAUGGGAAUGACUUCAGGUACCUUCCCUUCGGUGUUGGUAGAAGGAGCUGUCCUGGAAUCAUUCUUGCAUUGCCAAUCCUCGGAAUCACUUUGGGACGUUUGGUCCAGAAUUUUGAGCUCUUGCCGCCUCCGGGACAGAAGAAGCUUGACACCACUGAGAAAGGAGGGCAGUUCAGUUUGCACAUACUUAAACAUUCCACCAUUGUUGCUAAGCCAGUUUCAUAUUAAUAUUUAACAUGCAUAAAUACCCUUUAUUUCAUUUUGUUUUUAUUUAGUUUGUGGAAUGCACCAAUGCUUGAAAAAUGUGGGAAUUAAUGUUCUUGAAAAGGUCAUAUUAGCCUGCAAAUGGAUAGGUAUUAAUAAUGUUAAUUCUGUGCUUAUCCCUUUGUAAAUUACUCUGAACUUGAAGUGAUCGUGAUCAGAUGAUUUUUGUAAUGAGUCUACAUUUUGUCCCUA